CUCCACCAUGCCCAGGAGGAAGCAGCAAGCGCCCCGGCGCGCAGCAGCAUAUGUUUCAGAUGAAAUGAAAGCUGCUGCGAUGGUGGAAGAUGACCUCGAAUCGGAUGAGAAUGCGGUAGAUGGAGAGCCUUCUGCAAAGUACGCUUGUCCGGAAAAGGACUUCAGUAAGAACUGCCAGAGCUAUCAAAACUCUCCAGUUGCCGAAUUUUCCAGCCACGAAAUGGACAGCGAGUCACACAUCAGUGAGACCAGCGACCGAAUGGCCGACUUCGAGAGCAGCUCCAUCAAAAACGAGGAGGAGAGCAAAGAGGUUUCGAUACAGCUGGAGGAGUCUGUGGUCUCUGACAGCUUGGAGCAGAUGAAAGCUGUCUACAACAACUUCCUCUCCAACUCAUACUGGUCCAAUCUCAACCUGAAUCUCCACCAGCCGACCUCUGAAAAAAACAACGGGAGCAGCAGCAGCAGCAGCAGUAGCAGCAGCAGCUGCGGCAGUGGAAGCUUUGACUGGCAUCAGACAGCCAUGGCGAAAACACUGCAGCAGGUUUCGCAGAACAGAAUCCUUCCUGAGCCCAGCCUUUUUAGCACAGUUCAAUUGUACAGACAAAGCAGUAAGCUUUAUGGCUCUAUAUUUACUGGAGCUAGUAAAUUCCGCUGUAAAGACUGCAGUGCUGCCUAUGAUACUUUAGUAGAAUUAACAGUGCACAUGAAUGAAACGGGACAUUAUCGGGAUGACAACCACGAAACAGAUAACAAUAACCCAAAAAGGUGGUCCAAGCCUCGUAAACGCUCUUUGCUAGAAAUGGAAGGGAAGGAAGACGCUCAGAAAGUAUUAAAGUGUAUGUACUGCGGCCAUUCUUUUGAAUCGCUUCAAGACUUGAGUGUCCAUAUGAUCAAAACGAAACAUUACCAAAAAGUGCCUCUGAAGGAACCUGUAACCCCUGUAGCAGCAAAAAUAAUCCCAGCCACUAGGAAGAAAACUUCCCUAGAGCUGGAACUUCCAAGUUCUCCUGAUUCCACUGGUGGGACCCCGAAAGCCACCAUCUCCGAUGCCAAUGAUGCACUUCAAAAGAAUUCCAACCCAUACAUUACACCAAAUAACCGUUACGGACACCAGAACGGUGCCAGCUAUGCUUGGCAUUUCGAGGCAAGGAAGUCUCAAAUCCUGAAGUGCAUGGAAUGUGGCAGUUCUCAUGAUACUUUGCAGGAACUCACUGCCCACAUGAUGGUGACCGGGCAUUUCAUUAAAGUCACCAAUUCUGCCAUGAAGAAAGGGAAACCUAUUAUAGAAGCCCCUGUGACACCUACCAUCACAGCGUUGCUGGAUGAAAAAGUCCAGUCUGUGCCACUUGCAGCCACAACAUUCACGUCUCCUUCCAAUACGCCGUCUAGCAUCUCCCCAAAAUUAAAUGUGGAAAUAAAAAAAGAGGUUGAUAAAGACAGGAUGAUUGCUGAUGAUAAGAUGAAAGACAAGGAGAAAUCAAGUGAAGAUGAGGAGAAAUAUGACAUCUCCUCAAAAUAUCAUUAUUUGACUGAAAAUGACUUGGAAGAGAGUCCGAAAGGGGGGCUAGAUAUUUUAAAGUCUUUAGAAAACACAGUUACAUCAGCUAUUAAUAAAGCUCAAAAUGGCACACCAAGCUGGGGUGGCUACCCCAGUAUUCAUGCUGCCUACCAGCUACCCAACAUGAUGAAGUUGUCCUUAGGUUCAUCAGGGAAAAGUACGUCCUUAAAACCUAUGUUUGGAAAUGCGGAAAUGGUGUCCCCAACUAAAAGCCAGCCUCUAGUUUCCCCGCCAAGCAGCCAAACUUCUCCUGUGCCGAAGACUAAUUUCCAUGCAAUGGAAGAGCUGGUCAAGAAGGUCACGGAGAAAGUGGCCAAAGUUGAAGAAAAAAUGAAGGACCCUGAAGGGGGGAAACUGUCGCCAUUGAAGAGAGCAACACCUUCGCCGUGUAGCAGUGAAGUCAGCGAGCAGAUCAAGAUGGACACCUCCAAUGACAUUAGUUUUAAAAGCCCACAGAAUAGCCCGGUUUCUCAGAGGGAGAGUUGCAAGGACAGCCCAAAAGGGGAGCCGGUGGAAAAUGGUAAGGAGCUUGUCAAGGCCAUCACGAGUUCUUUGAGUAGCAGCACAGCUAUUAUUACUGACCAUCCUCCUGAACAACCGUUCGUAAAUCCGUUAAGCGCAUUACAGUCCGUCAUGAAUAUUCAUCUUGGGAAGGCAGCAAAGCCCUCUCUGCCUGCUCUGGACCCAAUGAGUAUGCUCUUUAAAAUGAGCAACAGCCUAGCAGAAAAAGCUGCUGUGGCUACCCCACCCCUACAGUCCAAAAAACCAGACCAUUUAGACCGCUAUUUUUAUCAUGUCAACAAUGACCAGCCCAUAGAUUUGACGAAAGGCAAGAGUGACAAAGGCUGCUCUUUGGGUUCAGCGCUUUUGUCAUCCACAUCGGCGUCUUCUGCUUCUUCUUCAUCUACAGUGACAACAGCAAAGACAUCUGCAGUUGUGUCAUUCAUGUCAAACUCGCCGCUACGCGAGAAUGCCUUGUCAGAUAUAUCUGAUAUGCUGAAGAACCUGACAGAAAGUCACACAUCAAAAUCUUCCACACCUUCCAGCAUAUCUGAGAAAUCUGACAUUGAUGGGACCACAAUAGAAGAACCGGAAGAGGCGACCCCGGCUCAGAAAAGGAAGGGACGGCAGUCUAAUUGGAACCCUCAACAUUUGCUCAUCUUGCAGGCCCAGUUUGCAGCCAGCUUACGGCAGACCUCAGAGGGAAAAUACAUCAUGUCGGACUUAAGCCCUCAGGAAAGAAUGCACAUUUCUAGAUUUACCGGGCUCUCCAUGACCACCAUUAGCCACUGGUUGGCCAAUGUGAAAUACCAACUUCGAAGGACAGGGGGGACAAAGUUCCUUAAAAAUUUGGACACUGGGCAUCCAGUGUUCUUUUGUAACGACUGUGCUUCACAAAUCAGAACUCCUUCAACGUAUAUCAGUCAUCUUGAAUCACAUCUAGGUUUCCGGCUACGAGACUUGUCCAAACUUUCCAGCGAACAGAUUAACAAUCAGAUAGCACAAACCAAGUCACCCUCUGAAAAACUUUUGGCUCCAUCGCCAGAGGAUGAAUUAGGAACUUCCUACCAGUGUAAACUUUGCAAUAGGACCUUUGCAAGCAAACAUGCCGUUAAGCUUCAUCUCAGUAAAACGCAUGGGAAGUCUCCAGAAGACCAUCUCCUGUAUGUUUGUGAACUAGAAAAGCAGUAGCGUUUGCUUUGGACAAAAAAAGGGAAAACGACAACUGUACUUAGCUUUGAGGGAAACUGUCAAAAAAGACGCCUUAAAGCUUUCUGUUCUGUUCUUGGCACAUAAUUCUUAUUUUAACUCUGAGGUGUCACUCGGGCUUGAACUUCUAUUUUUUUUUUUUAUAAACUGUACAGUGUUUAAUAGAGGUGCAUAAUCAGCUGUUGUUACUGGUAAAAUAUGAAGGUUAAAACGCAGUGGUAAGUGUUUGGAACUUUGUGUAAAUUGGGGUUUAGUUGAAGCGCAUCCCUCCGAUGCCUCAAACUGCAUGCAUUAACAAGACAGUUUAAUUAAGCAUUUAUUAACUAAUGCUGGUGCACUUUUUUCAUGGUGACUAAGUGUGCUGGUAGGUUCGCACCCUGUAAAUCUUUAGCCCUCUGAGUACUUUGAAGCACUUUUGCAUUAAAUUUUUUUAAAGUAUGUGGAUAUAUUCCUUUUUUAAAAAAAAUUAUCCCUUUCCAACUUAGGACAUAUCCGGGCAAUGUGGAGAACCUUGCCUUGAGCAAGAUGUGCCACCAGCCACCAGCAGGAAUUGCUUGUGUAAUCCAACCAGCUAAGCAUCUUUGUGACAUCUGAAGGAUCAGUCGCAUAGCCUGCAUGAGUUUCCAUUAAGAUAUUACAUCGGAUUGCAAUUGCCGCUGGUUGGAUGUACAAGCCGCUCAGGCAUCUGGUUGGUGGCUCUUCCUGUGACAUCUGAAACCACUGUUAUGUUAGGGAUCUGAUGCCUUGUGAAAGCGCUUCCAAUAUUAACAGUUUAGAUGCUGGAUCCCUUCUGCAGGUCCCUCACACAGCUGGCAAUCCUAGGAGUUGGUUUUCUGUGAUGUGUGCAUGCAUGUCUCGAAGGGAAAUGCUUUUCCCUUGGAUGCUUUCUGCACAUUUGGCUGUGUGGUGCAGUGCCCGCCAAGGAGCAUGGGAUGUUGCCAUCGGCUCACACCUUUUGUUGGAGUUAACUAAUGGACUCCCAUGUAUGGUGAGGCGGCUCCCAUCUUGAAACAUUAAAAUAUAUUAUUUUCACAUUGAAACAUAGAUGUAUAUAUUGUAUAGAUUUCAAAAUCCUCUUAUGGAAAAUGUGAUUGUGGACG